AUGUUCAUUGCGAGUUCACCACUACUCCCAUAUACGCGCUUUGAUAUGCUAGAUCCUAAUGAAUACUCCGAUGCAACAAACAGUUCCAAUCCUGUAUAUACAGUGGAUGAAGCCGUCAAUGACGCGUCGUCUUCUACGCAAGGGUUCCCACCAAAUUACGCUACAACUGCUACAAACUACUUGCUAGAUGAAAGUCAGCCUGAUUUGUUUAACGACGAACUAACACCUACAGCUGGUUAUGUGACAACUUCAGACACCAACGGCGUUCAGGAUAUUUCAAGUUAUGCCAACAAUAUAUACUCACAGUCAAUCAAUGUCGAUUUAGGCGCUGUGACUCCGGUGUCGGCCGUCAGUAACAACAACAACAACAACAACAACAACAACAAUAAUAAUAUUAAUAACAAUUCAAACUUGUAUCAACCACAAAAUGCCAUAACAGAGCAGUCUAUUGAGAACUUGUCCUACCAAUCUUCAUCACAGUACCACUACCCAUUAUCAUCAUCCGUCUCCUCAUCGAUUCAAUCUUUCACUCAACAUUUGGAUAAUGGACAUUCUUCAACGUACAACUUAAACUACCCCACUAAUGCAUCCAGCUUGGACAACAAUACCCAAUACCCUCCACAAGGGCCAUUCACAACCUCAAUGUUUAAUCAACCACCGUCACUUCCUAUUUCAUCUUCGCCACAAGCUCAAUUCUUCGUCGGGGGUGGCAUGCAUUCACCAUCAGUCUACUUUGAUGGCGUGAACAACAACACCUCAUCAUUUGGCAAUCAACCUCCCUUGUCAGCCGUGUCAAGUGACCAACUCCUGCUUGCAAGCUCACCAGGAUCCGUUACCACUACGCGUCAGCAAGUUCCGGAAAAGCAACCAAUCAAAAAGUCACCUACUCAAAGACAGCGUCGCGGCCCACCAGCGAAAAAGGAGGCCAGAUCCCCAGUACUCACAACAUCCGCCAUACAUCAACACCCUUCACUGGAUAAAAAGAGGUAUCGUAUAGUACGCGGGGUUUCUGCUGGUGGUAGCAGCACACGCCCACCCAAAGAAGCACUCAAAAGCAGCUCAAUUUUCUUACCGGUGGAAUUGAAUUUGGUUGGUGCUUCCGUUGAAGACGUAUGUUGUCCCAAAUGGUCUGCUCUGGAGAAGGACGAUCGUCGUCGUAUCAUACGUAUUGAACGUAUUCAGAAUGGGCCCCAAUUGACCCUUAAUUUUAGCAUCGUUGGUAGUGCUAACGAAAACCCAAUCACUUUACCACCACCACCCAACAUCGAUGUUGUUGAAGUGUCGUGUUUGGAGUGUGAUGUUAGAUCAAAUGACGAGUACGAAUCACAAUCAUCCGAUGAUGAAGCGGGUCCUAGUCCACUGAAAUUGCAAGGAUUGCGAAACAAGCGAUUUGUCAAUACUGACCCGGAAACCGGUCGCAAUUAUCAGUAUUACAUAACUUCAGUUGAGGUGAUUGAAAUUGUUGAGUUGUUGAUUGGCAGUGCUUUUGCCGAUGCCGGUGAGCGAAGAAGAGAAAGAGGUAGAGUCAGAUCCAACUUGGUGCCAUUUUGGUCCAAGAAGUCAAUCAGUUCAAGAAUGAGUGAGUCGUCCUCUGUAUCAUCUGGUACUUCCUCAAUGGGCUCGAAUUCCAUCUCAGCGAGAAGGGAGAGCAGCGUGUCUUCGAACAGCAACAUUGCUGCUGCUGCUGCUGCCGCCGCCACUGCCGCCACCGCCGCCACGUCAUCAUACCCUUCAUUCGACAUGGAUUCCAACUCACAACCCACAAACCAAGAUUAUCGUCUGGAGCUAGCGAAAAGAAUAAUGGCAUACGAUAUACGUAAACCAAGAGGGUUUGACAAAGAGGUGAGGAUAUUGAGAUGGGAUAAAUUGAUACCUGCACUUAAGCGUGCUUCAAGUAGUUACUACACCGAAAUCCCACAAGGUGACGAGUUGCAUGCCCUGUUUUCGAAUUUCAACGUUUAA